AACAGACAACUCGACUGAUUUUCUUUUACUCCUCUCAGUUUACCUUAAUAGUAAAAUGGAGAUUUUAAAAACAAUUGAUUUUUAAGGCGUUCAACAGCAAGCAGAAUCGGGUUUUUGACAGAAAAAUGGACAGGAUGGAAACUUCUCUGUUGUUUAUCUUGUACAACUAAUCAUUAUCCAGUAUCAACAUUUUUAAAAGCUUGCUUGUUUCUGUGAUCUGUGUAAGUUUUUGAAGUCAGACAUGCAGCACAACAGCAGCAGUACGUCUUCAGUACCUGGUUUGGGACUUUGUGGACUCGGAGUAGAUGAGGGUGAAGACCUGUGGAACCGGAGCACGGGGACUCAACGCAACCUCUCUCUCCGUUGCUGGCUCCAGCUGUUGUCCAACGAAGCUAUGCCAGAGCUAUAUGGUGACACUUCAAGUAUGGCGCUGCGUGUAGUCAUCGCCAUGGUCUACCUGGUGGUGUGUGCUCUUGGGCUGGUUGGCAACCUGCUGGCACUGUAUCUGCUCAAAUCUCGGCACCGGCUAAAGCAAUCGUCUAUAAACUGUUUUGUCAUGAGCUUGGCUAUAACAGACCUGCAAUUUGUACUGACACUUCCCUUCUGGGCUGUGGACACGGCAUUGGACUUUCGCUGGCCAUUUGGCAAGGUCAUGUGCAAGAUCAUCAGUUCAGUCACAACCAUGAAUAUGUAUGCCAGCGUUUUCUUCCUGACAGCCAUGAGUGUGGCACGCUACUGUUCUCUGGCAUCAUCCAUACGCAUGCACAGCCCCAAGAUGGCAUCGGCUGAGGUUAAAUGGGCAAGUGUGGCCAUCUGGCUUGUGUCUCUGCUGGCAACGCUGCCUCAUGCUGUCUACUCAACCACAGCACAAGUGUCAGAUGAUGAACUUUGUCUUGUACGCUUCUCAGAUCUGGGAAACUGGGAUCCACAACUGUUGCUGGGUCUCUAUCAGACACAAAAAGUGCUCCUCGGUUUUGUCAUUCCACUGAUUAUAAUCUGCGUUUGCUACCUGCUUCUACUGCGAUUUGUGCUACAAAGACGUGUUAGCGGGAUCCCUGGGUCGGACAGUGAACGGGGAAGGCACAAGCGCCGUUCCAAAGUCACCAGAUCGGUCACCAUUGUAGUCCUGUCAUUCUUCCUGUGCUGGCUGCCCAACCAGGCGCUGACACUUUGGGGGGUCCUCAUUAAGUUCGACUUGGUGCCAUUUAGCAAAGCCUUCUAUAAUGCCCAGGCCUAUGCUUUUCCCAUUACUGUCUGCCUGGCACACACCAAUAGUUGUCUCAAUCCAGUGCUUUACUGCCUCAUCCGGCAGGAGUAUCGGGCCAGUCUCAAAAAGCUGCUGCUGAGAGCCACACCAUCCUUACGCAACCUAACCAAUAUGGUUCGCAGAAAUAAGAAAGUUGCUGAUGCUCCACCUGGCUUAGCUGUCGUACAGGUGGAUGCUGGGCUGUGAAGUAAUUAUAUACAUGGGACAUGUGGUCGUCCCAGACCAUUAUACCAGUUACAAUACUGGCAAGCUACCCAGCAAGUUAUGUUUGGACUAAUACUGGUUAUACAGAAGGAAGUUUGGGGCACAAAGUUUGGGGAAAGUCCUGGAACUGUAUGUAUGCUCUAUAUGGGGCUUAUGAACUUUGACUCUUAACUAGCCAGCAGGACUUUCUUCACUUGUAGCAUACCUGGGUAUUUAAACAGCCAGUCUGGUGUUUGACUCAAGAGCUCUGUCUUUUUGGUUUCUACUGUUUUGCUCUCUGUAUGUCUUGGUGCAAAAAUCUUGGGUUCAGGAAUUUUUUUAUUGGCUAUUUUAUUUGUAAAUACAGAGGUCUGUUAUUAUGUCUUUCAUUGUUCAUAGUUCAAGCACAACCGAAUAUCAAGGACUUUCAUCAAAGGAAACAGGUAAAACCACACUAACGUAAAAACAGUAUCAGAAGACUCAAUAGAUUACCUGCAAUAACAAUUCUUUCUCUAGUCUUUUUUUACCAUACAGUAUAAAGCCCAGUGUGAUACUUCUGGCUUAUAUGAGCAUAUUAUCAUGUUUAUGCAAGACGUGUCUUAUAUGUUUUCACCUGCAUAUGAUAAAGCAUAAAAGAUCAAUCUGUAAAUGCACUGUGCACAGCUAUAAUCUGAAUGGUAUACAAAUAAAAUAUAACAGAUGUUGUGAAAUAAAAAUUAGCAGGUCAUUCUGUCUUAUUAUCAGACAUGUGGCAGGGGAUUGCAACAAGUUAAUUAUCUUUACACAUCUAAAAUAGAUUGAACAUUAUAUUCAGUCAAUUUGUUUCAUGAAGGAAAAUGACUUCUCAAUUGUCUCAUUUGUCUUGAGCACAUGUUUGCUGGUCCUAAAAUGCACUCUCACACUGUGAAAUGAGUAUUGAAUAUCUGUGGUGGGUUAAUUUUGCAAUGUGUAACUCUCGCAGGGGAAAAUAGUGUCAUGUCCAUUCAUUGUGGAUGUCAUGACCCAAUGUUGUCUUUCUUUCUGUUGUAUUAGCGAAGAUAUUCAGUAAGGCUUUGCAUUAAUUGUCCCUACACUGACAUUAUUUAACACCUUAUUUUACAAAAACAAACACAUUGA